UAAACGUUUCUACGUAGAAACGGAACAAAACAAGACAGCAUUAUAAACUCAACUCGAGGACUAGGUGCCAUAAAGACCAGCCGUAAACCUUCACGUUAAAAGUUCACGUUAAAAUUCCUUUUAUGCCGGUAAAAUUCGCCAAGGACGACAUGUCUGAUUCGGAAGAAGAGUCGAUUGGAGAAGAUGAGCUGUACCUCGGAGAGUACGAGGGAGAUAGAAACGAGGACGAGGAAAGGCACGGAAAAGGCAAAGCAACGCUUCCCAAUGGUGACGUCUAUGAAGGGGAGUAUUCCCACGGCAAGCGUCAUGGACAGGGCACUUACAAAUUCAAAACUGGCGGAAAAUACACUGGUAGCUACGCCAACGGUAAAAAACAUGGCGAAGGAACAUUCUGGUACCCCGAUGGGUCGAGAUACGAGGGGUUUUGGAUCAACGACGAAAAACACGGAUUCGGUACCUACUACUACCCCAACGGGGACGCUUAUGAGGGAGAGUGGUCACAGAACCAGAGAAAUGGCCAGGGUAUGUAUACGUACGCGGAGACUGGGUCCAAGUACAAAGGAUCAUGGGUAGCGGGGAAGAUGGAUGGAGCCGGUGAGUUGAUUCACUCAAACCACAAGUUCUCCGGAUUCAUGCAGCAGAAUUUACCGAAAGGAAAAGGGAAAUACUCGUUUGACUUCGGCUGUGAGCAGAGAGGAAAAUACGAGAUUGUAGAAGUGGUCAUCGAGAAGGAUUACGAGGCGGAGGAGGAGGACGACGAAGUUGUGCUUCAGCCAAGAUGGCGGUGCGAGGAGAUUGUGGGACUAGAGUGAGAUUUGAGAGGGGGGGGAUGGGGGUAAAGACGAGGGCGUGAAUGUGAAUGUGGGCUCGCAAGGAAAGGUUGGUCCGCUUUCCCCAACAGCCUUAGAAGAAGCGAAAUUAACUAACAAAGGCAGAUACGAUACGAUCUAGAUUUGAGGCUUUUUUGUAAUAUAAUUUCUAAAUGUGAUUACUUACUUUAAAAUAAAAAAAAAUCUCGAAAA